UAUUUUAUGAUAGGUAUACUAUAUAGAUAUAAUUAUAUGUAAUCUAAACCUCAUCAAGAGUUAUGUAUUAGGUUGGUACAUAUUAUAUAGACGAUGAUUUCGUAGUACUAAAUAAAAUCAGUAGCAAAUAAUUUAUAAUUAAAUAGAAACAGAAGUGUGACAGUUUAAAAAGAAGAGAUAAAUGACUAAGUGAACUAUGAUUUCCAAGAAACCUGUCCAAUUUACAGAGAACCAAGACAAAGGAUCAAAAUGGUUCGAAAUACUUAUAACACUUACAGUUUCUUCAACAGUCCUCCAAAGUUCUAUGUUAUAUUGCUGGCCGUCUCCAUUCUUAGUAAAAAUAGUCCAAGACGAAAACUAUGACAUCACAGAAGAACAAGCCUCUUACUUCACAGUCUUGGGCCAAAUUGGAGUCAUUAUUCUGGCUCCGUUUUUAGCACCUAUAGCGAAUCGUGUUGGCAGAAAAAAAUUAAUACUCUUCGCGGCAGUACCUUUUAUAAUAUCGUGGACAAUUAAAGCGUUUUUUACGCAGUUAUGGCUACUAUACGCAUCAAGAGUAAGUGCAGGAUUUGGAGACUGCAUAGUUACUUCUUGUGCUGUGGCCUUCAUUGGAGAAAUUACCAGUCCAGAGGUUAGAGGUACUUGGGGCAACAGUUUAAUUUUAGGCUCAGUUUUGGGUCAAUUUUUAAUGAAUUUACUUGGAAUAUAUUUUACAGUUAAAAUAACUUCUUUCAUCUCUGUAACGUUACCAAUUCUAUUCCUGGUCGUUUUCUCAUUUAUGCCGGAAUCUCCUUAUUUCUAUUUAACAAAAGGACAAGAAGAGAAAGCAAUAGAUAGUUUAAGACGACUUCGACGUAAAGAACACGUAGAGGAAGAAAUAAAAGCGCUUCAAGUAGCUGUUGAAAAUCAGCAAACAGGAACAGGUAGCUGGAAGGAGCUAGUGACAGUUAAACUCAAUCGAAGAGUCUUAAGUGCUGGAAUAUUUUUAAGAUCGACUCAAGUGUUUUCUGGCUCAUACGCCAUUGCUUCUUACACAUUGCUUAUUUUUGAAAAAUCUGGUACAAAUAUUAGUCCAGAAAUGGCUACUAUUCUUUACACAGCCCUAAAUUUUAUAUGUUAUUGUUCGGUAGUUUAUAUGUUAAGUAGAUUAGGAAGAAGAAAAUCUUUGAUAACGUCAAUGAUACUAACAGGAAUAGUACUGUUAUUGUUGGGAGUUUAUUUUUUAAUAGAAAUUGUAUUUCCAGAAUUUAAUUUAGAGGUUGUUAAAUGGUUUCCACUUGCCGGAAUGAUCGGAUUCUUACUGUCUUCCUCUUUCGGAGUUGGAAUAUUACCAUCACUCAUGUUGGCUUCCUCCAUAGCAGUCAUGAGCGGAAUCCUCUAUGCCUGGCCAUCACCGUUUUUAUCCAAAGUUACUCAAGAUCCAACCUAUCACAUAACUGAGUCUCAAGCAUCGUGGUUUACCGUAUUACAUCCCUUAGGAUUAUUUUUAACGUCGCCAUUUUUUGUACCUGUAGCCAACAUUAUCGGAAGAAAAAGAACAAUUUUACUUGCAUCGGUUCCUUUAACAACAUCUUUAAUAAUAAAAGCGUUUGCCAAGAACUUAUGGUUGUUAUAUUUUUCAAGGGUUUUGGCUGGCUUUGGAGAUGCUAUCGUAUUUUCAUCUCUACCUGCUUACAUAGGUGAGAUCUCAGUACCAAAAGUUAGAGGAACAUGGGGUAACAUGCUAAUAAUAUGUUUAUUUUCUGGACAAUUUAUAGUCAACGUGGUUGGUAGUUACUGCACUAUACAAACCACUUCUUUCAUAUUUUUGCUGGUUCCUGCUAUAUUCUGGAGUACGUUCAUAUUUAUGCCAGACUCUCCAUAUUUCUACGUUAUGGUACGAAGAUACGACGAAGCAAAACAAAGUUUGAGCUUCUUAAGACGUAAAAUAGAUGUUGAAAAAGAAUUUGACGAUAUUAAAUUUGCCGUAGAGCAGCAAAUGCAGGAAUCAGCAUCCUGGAUUGAUCUAUUAAAAGUUAAAGCUAAUAGAAAAGCUUUAAUAGCAGGUGUAUUUCUGAGGACAUCGCAAGCUCUUAGCGGUAUAUACGCGUUUUCUUCUUAUACUCAGUUAAUCUUCGAGAAAGCCGGUGGAGUUAUUAAGCCUCAAACAUCUGCGAUGUUGCAUACUGGUUUGACUUUGUUCAUGUACGCAUGUUCAUCGUAUGGAUCAAAUCUGCUAGGUAGAAGAAGAGCCUAUAUGAUAUCUGUGCUGUUAGCAGCGUUGGUAUUAUUUGCUGAAACUACAUACUUUUCUCUGGAUAUGUUCACAGAAAUUGACCUGGUAUCGUUAAAAUGGUUCCCACUAGCGGGAAUGUUGACGUUUGUAGUCGUUUCUUCUUUAGGGGUGGGAAUAGUACCGAUGCUGAUGACUACAGAACUGUUUGCGACUAGCGUUAAAGCUCUAGGUGUUAGUGCUGUGACUGUAGCGUUCGCUUUAACAACUUUACUUGUAAAUUACAGUUUUUAUUAUUUAGAUCGAGCGGUGGGAGACAAGUUAGAAAAAAUUAGGGAGUCGAAUGGCGAUUCCAAUUUAAAAGUAGGUGGUAGCGAAACCGUAAAGGAACUUACGGAAAAUUAUUCACUUGAAGGAAAAAAUGAAAUACCCUUACAAAACUCUAAGAUAUUACCUGAAGUUCAAACAUAUGAAAACUAUUUGCUAGAUGAAAAUGUUAUUUUCGAAGAAGUUACAAAUUUUAACGACGUUAUAGAGCUUCAAGGAGAAGCUGAAGUUUCAGUGACCAAGAAACUUUUUUGGUACAAGACUUUACUGCAUCCAUUUUAUAAUUGGGAUCCAGAUUUUAACUGUUAUUCAGAAAACAACUGUAGCGAUGAAGAGGACAGCAGUAGUGGAGAAAAUAAGUCUCAAAAAUAUAAUACGAGAAAAAAGAAAAACAAAGGAAUGAAUAUACCCAAAAAACAAAUAAGCAAUCAGAUGAUUGGAAUAUUGGAACAAGAAGAAAAAAAUACGAACAUGCAGCAAGUCAUAUUAACCGAAAAUAUUCAAGACUUUGUAGUUGAGCAAAAUAUUACUACUGAAAAUAUUGCAAACGAAAACGAUGAAAAUAUUGAACCAGAAGAUGGAGAACAUAAUGAAAUAUUAGCCGAAAUGUCAAAGCUAUUUUCGAGAAGGUUAAGAAAGGAAAGAACAUUUAAACGAAAUUCUGGGCAACAAUAUAUAACAGCAAAGGGAAAAGUUAUUAAAAGCAGAGAACUGAAAAAUCUAAUAAAUUAUAGAUUUAGAUGGCUUACCCAGGAAUUGAUAGAAACAAUUUUUAAAGAAUAUUAA